AUGAACCGCAUCGGGAAGGACGUCCAGCAGGGCCACACCGGCGUGCGGAGGCUAGACUGGCACGACUAUGAAGCAAUCAAGAGAGAUGCCACACGUUCUGGGAAUGGUGAGCAGGGUAAGGCGUUUCCCCUGUCGGAUGCAGACCGGGUGGACCAGGCCUACAGAGAGAAUGGCUUCAACAUCUACGUCAGUGACCGGAUCUCCCUCAACCGCUCCCUCCCCGAUAUCAGACACCUGAACUGUAAACAGAAGUUGUACGCUGAGAAGCUGCCCAACACGAGCAUCAUUAUUCCCUUCCAUAACGAGGGCUGGUCGUCUCUACUGAGGACGGUCCACAGCAUUCUGAACCGCUCACCGCCGGAGCUCAUCGCAGAGAUCAUCCUGGUGGACGACUUCAGCGACAAACAGCAUCUGAAGACGUCUCUGGAGGAGUACAUGGUGCGGAUGCCCAAGGUCCGAAUCCUGAGGACCAAGAAAAGGGAGGGGCUGAUCAGGACCCGCCUGCUGGGAGCCAGCGCCGCCAAGGGAGAGGUCAUCACCUUCCUGGACUCCCACUGUGAGGCCAACGUCAACUGGCUGCCUCCACUCCUGGACCGAAUCGCCCAGAACAGGAAGUCCAUUGUGUGUCCAAUGAUCGAUGUGAUCGACCAUGACAACUUUGGCUAUGAGACGCAGGCGGGCGAUGCCAUGCGUGGGGCCUUCGACUGGGAGAUGUACUACAAGCGAAUCCCCAUCCCCCCGGAGCUUCAGAAGGAAGACCCCAGCGAGCCCUUCGAGUCCCCGGUCAUGGCAGGAGGACUUUUUGCUGUGGACAGGAAGUGGUUCUGGGAGCUUGGAGGAUAUGACACGGGCCUGGAGAUUUGGGGAGGAGAGCAGUAUGAGAUCUCCUUCAAGGUGUGGAUGUGCGGUGGGCGAAUGGAGGACAUCCCUUGCUCCAGGGUCGGACACAUCUACAGGAAGUAUGUACCCUACAAAGUCCCCGGCGGGGUCAGCCUGGCCAGGAACCUGAAGCGCGUGGCAGAGGUGUGGAUGGAUGAAUAUGCUGAAUACAUCUACCAGCGUCGUCCGGAGUACCGCCACCUGUCAGCUGGAGACAUGACCGUGCAGAAGGAGCUCAGGAACAGCCUCAACUGCAAGAACUUCAAGUGGUUCAUGAGUAAGGUGGCCUGGGACCUGCCCAAACACUAUCCACCUGUGGAGCCGCCUGCUGCCGCAUGGGGAGAGUUACGUAAUGUGGGUAGUGGUAUGUGUAUGGAGAGUAAACACUUCGUGUCAGGGAGUCCCAUCCGCCUGGAGAACUGCCUGAAAGGACGUGGUGAGGUGGGCUGGAGUCAUGGCCAGGUGUUCACGUUCGGGUGGAGGGAGGAUAUCCGGGUGGGUGACCCCAUGCACACCAUGAAGGUCUGUUUUGAUGCCAUCUCGCACAACAGCCCCGUCACCCUGUACGACUGCCACGGCAUGAAGGGCAACCAGCUGUGGCGCUACCGCAAGGACAAGAGUCUGUACCAUCCGGUCAGUAACAGCUGUGUGGACUGUAACCCGGUGGAGCGCCGGGUCUUCAUGAACACCUGCGACCCCGACUCGCCCAGCCAGCAGUGGCUGUUCGAGAGGACCAACACCACCGUGCUGGAACGCUUCAACCGGGGGGCCAACUGA